ACAACACCAGCAGCACAACAGCCUUCUUGACAACUUCUGCCUCAGCGUAUUUACACGCACACGCAUCUAGCCCUCGACACGACAACAAACGCCCCGCACCAUGGCCAUCGGAGCAAGGCCCUUCUAUCUGUUUCUCACGCUCUUCUUGUUCACACAAAUUGUUUCUGUCCUUUGGCCAAAACAGCACCUCUUUGCCUCCAGGGGCACAACCUACCCCAGCUCAUGGCUCUCGAAACGAAGCCUAGAGUCCUUAGAGCCAGACAUCCAGUGUGAAGAUGUUUGGUCGCAUGCGGAUCGGUGCGCGUUUGUCGAGCAAUACUGCGCCGACUAUCCAGCGGGGCUGAUUAAUUAUUUACACUUUUACUUCUGCGACCUGGGCAAGCUCCCUGCGUUGGCCGUCGUUGUCCUGUGCGUCUGGAUGUUCUUCCUGUUCGGCUUCGUGGGUGUGGCAGCCUCGGAUUUCUUCUGUCCUAAUCUGAGCACGAUCGCAAAGCAGCUACAUCUCUCGGAAAGCAUGACGGGUGUCACAUUCCUGGCAUUUGGCAACGGCUCCCCAGAUGUCUUCAGCACAUUCUCGGCUAUAGGAGCAGGCAGUGGGUCGCUGGCCAUCGGUGAACUUGUCGGUGCUGCCUCGUUCAUCACCUCAGUAGUAGUAGGGUCUAUGGCGAUCAUCAAGCCCUUCAAAGUCAGUCGGGCCCCCUUUUUACGCGACGUGUCGUUCUUUGCAGGAUGCGUGUUGUUCACGCUCUACGCCGUACUUGACGGGAAGAUCACCUUUCUCGAGAGUCUGUUACUCGUCGCCUACUAUGUCUUCUACGUCUCCUUUGUCGUGGUUGGUAACUGGUGGCAUCAGCGUGUCAAGUUGGAGAGGGAACUCGAGGAGCGCGCCCGAAACAUGUACGAGGAUGAUGAGGCCGAUGAAGGUCUUCAGGAGGAUGAACCAGGGGUUCCUGACGAAGAGCGUGCCCUCUUAAGCGGACGAUCAAGGACGGGAGCCAAGCUUCCAAAUAUCGUUACCCAGCUAGUUCCGGGUCCGUACGAUGCGUACGAGGAUGAAGAACACGAUGAUGGUGGAGGUGCCCAAGACUCGAUAUCCCUUCGGCCGCCAGGGACGCUUUCGCUUAAACGCAGACCAUCCCUGAUCUCGGCAAUGGAGUUUAACGACGUUGUUCGUUCACUGACACUCUCCGGAUCCCGCGGACGUAUUGCAUCGUACGAUCCAAGUUAUUAUGGUCCAAAGUCGCCAAGGUCCUCAAGGUCAAGUCAGCAUACUUCGUCAAGGCCUCGGUCAUUCAACACAACCAUGAGCCACGGGUAUAGGCCAGCUUCACCUCAUUCUUACGCAUCAACUCCGCAGAAUGGAUACUUGUCACCGCGUGGAGCCGAUGAUAGGGCUGCACUUUCUCCAUCUCCUUUGUCUAUGGAUUCGGACGAGGGAACAUUUGAUGCCCAUUUUGAGCAAGCGUUGCUUCGUCAGUCGCUGAUCCUUCCGGACCACCACAGUCCAGCGAACCACCACCUUGGCCACAUUCAUAACCCAGGCCCCCUCGCAUCGCCAGGUGGAGUCAGUACUCCGACUGAUGUCGCUACUAUCGCUAUGCCAACCACGAAGACCGAGAGGUUCAUAGACUUGCUAAAGGCGCUCAAGCCGAUCUAUUUUCCGACUUUGCUCGACUGGGAUAACAAAUCGGCGUUUGUCAGGUUCCUGGCCAUUACUUCGGUUCCUAUGGUCUUACUGUUGACACUGACACUACCGGUUGUCGAAUUGCGCGACGAUGAGGAUGAGUCGGCGGACGAACUGAAUAAUACAAACCCGACGACAGGUCCUCCCAAAAUUAUAAUUGGCGAAAUAGAGGACGAAGAUUGCCAAUAUGAGGGGUGGAGCCGCACGGCGACAACGACCCAGAUGCUUAUUGCGCCCGUAUUUAUUGCCGCUGUGCUCACAAGCGCGGCUCAGGAAGGAUAUAUUGCCAUUCCAGCGGCGCUCGGUCUUGGUAUUAUCCUAUCAUUUCUGGUUCGGCGCUUCAGUAGCGAGGAGCAACCUCCCCGAGGAUACGGGGCAUUUUGCUUUAUCGGAUUUUUGGUGGCAAUCACAUGGAUUUUCUUGGUCGCGAACGAGGUCGUAGGCAUUUUGCAGGCGUUCGGCAUGAUCUUUGGCGUGAGCGACGCUAUUUUGGGCUUGACUAUCUUUGCGAUGGGCAACAGUCUGGGAGACCUGGUUGCGAACAUUACGAUUGCCAAGAUGGGCUUUCCUCGCAUGGCGUUUUCAGCGUGUUUUGGUGGACCACUUUUGAACAUGCUGCUUGGAGUAGGCAUCAGCGGGACGUACAUGACCGUGAAGACGGGCACUUAUAUACCCCUGGAAGUGUCCCCGACCCUGUUCGUGUCUCUGAUCGGGGUACUGUUGACACUGUGCACGGCCAUGAUUUACAUUCCCAGGAACGGAUACAUGAUGACGCGCAGCUGGGGCUGGUUCCUGCUGAUCGUGUACACGACUUGCACGGUUGCGAACGUUAUUAUCGAGAUUGCUACUAGUAGGGAGGACCAUUGAAGAACACAUGCAACUGUCUUGACUUCCGUAUCGUCUUUGAUGUUCACUAUGUAAAUUAUUAUGAAUAUAAAUAAAAAGACCCUCCAU